UCUGAUGGAGAGACAAAGUCUGAAGCUUCUUUAUCUAGCCCUGGGAUUACAAGGCAAACUACCAGGCAGACCACCAUCGUAUCUCAUUUCACAAGGGGCCCUGCCAAACGGAAGCCUGAGGAAGAGCCUGACAAAGCGAAAUCGGAUGACUCUCUUGAAGAAGAAAAUGACCAGGAGGAAAAGAGACGGAGAGUUACAUCCAGAGAACAAGGUACCAGAGCACUCCCUGCAGAAGAACCGGAGAGAGUACAACCUGGAAUAUACAUGGAUGAAGAGGAAGAAAGAGAGGAAAAAGAAGAAAAGAGGCCUAGGAGUCAAACCAAAGAACCAACGCCUAAACCAAAGUCUAAGGAGGAGCCAGACAGAGAAGGAAGAACUGGACUGCAGGGUGAAAUGGAUGGAGACGAGAAGGACGAAAAGAGACCCAGAAGUCAACCCAAAGAUCUAGCUGCCAAGCGGAGACCUGAAGAGAAAGAACCUGAAAGAGUAAAACCAGAAGUUUCUGAGGAAAAAGAUGAGGAUUAAAAGGAAGAGAAGAGGCACAAAACUACAUCCAAAGAACCAAAUGAGAAAAAAAUGGCUCGAACCAAAACAGUAGUGUCCUCCAAGACCCAUCCUCUACGGUGUGUGCAGUGUGGACAGUACCUGGAUGAUGCCGAACUAAAGUAUGAACAGCAUCCUCCUGAUGCAGUGGAUGAGCCACAGUUGUUGACAAAUGAGAAACUCUCCAUCUUCGAUGCUAAUGAGUCUGGCUUUGAGAGUUAUGAGGCUCUUCCCCAACACAAACUGACCUGCUUCAGUGUGUACUGUAAGCGUGGUCACCUGUGCCCGAUCGACACUGGCCUCAUUGAGAAGAAUGUUGAACUCUUCUUUUCCGGUUAUGCAAAACCAAUAUAUGAUGAUGACCCAUCUCUUGAAGGUGGUGUUAAUGACAAAAAUCUUGACCCCAUAAAUGAAUGGUAUAUCACUGGCUUUGAUGGAGGUGAAAAGGCGCUCAUUGGCUUCAGCACUUCUUUUGCCGAAUACAUUCUGAUGGAUCCCAACCCAGAGUAUGUACCACUGUUUAGUGUGAUGCAGGAGAAGGUCUACAUAAGUAAGAUUGUGGUUGAGUUCCUGCAGAGCAACCCAGACUCAACCUAUGAGGACUUGAUCAAUAAAAUUGAGACCACCGUUCCUCCUUCUGUGCUCAACCAGAAUCGAUUUACAGAGGAUUCUCUCCUUCGACAUGCCCAGUUUGUGGUAGAACAAGUAGAGAGUUAUGAUGAGGCUGGGGACAGUGAUGAGCAGCCCAUUUUUCUGACACCCUGCAUGAGAGACCUGAUCAAGUUGGCUGGGAUCACCCUAGGAAAAAGGCGAGCUGAAAGACGUCAGACCAUCAGGCAUUCUGCCAAAGAGAAGGACAAAGUCCCCACUAAAGCCACCACUACCAAGAUGGUGUACCAGAUCUUUGACACUUUCUUCGCAGAGCAAAUUGAAAAGGAUGACAAAGAAGACAAGGAGAAUGCCUUCAAAGGGCGGCGGUGUGGCGUCUCUGAGGUUUGUCAACAGCCCGAAUGUGGACAGUGUAAAGCCUGUAAAGAUAUGGUUAGGUUUGGUGGUAGCAGACAGAGCAAACAGGCUUGCCAGGAGAGGAGGUGCCCCAAUAUGGCCAUGAAGGAGGCAGAUGAUGAUGAAGAAGUCGAUGACAAUAUUCCAGAGAUGCCAUCACCAAAAAAAAUGCACCAGGGGAAGAAAAAGAAACAGAACAAGAAUCAGAUCUCUUGGGUUGGAGAUGCUGUCAAGACUGAUGGGAAGAAGGAUUACUAUAAGAAGGUUUGCAUCGAUUCAGAAACCCUGGAAGUGGGAGACUGUGUCUCUGUUAUUCCAGAUGACUCUUCAAAAUCGCUGUAUCUAGCAAGGGUCACUGCGCUGUGGGAAGACAGUAGCAACGGGCAGAUGUUUCAUGCCCACUGGUUCUGUGCUGGGACAGACACAGUCCUUGGAGCCACAUCAGACCCCUUGGAGCUUUUCCUGGUAGAUGAAUGUGAGGACAUGCAGCUGUCAUACAUCCACAGCAAGGUGAAGGUCGUCUAUAAAGCUCCAUCAGAAAACUGGGCCUUGGAGGGAGGCAUGGAUCCUGAGGCUCUGAUAACAGAGGACGACGGAAAGACCUACCUCUAUGAUCAAGACUAUGCGAGAUUUGAGUCCCCUCCGAAAACCCAGCCAACGGAGGAUAACAAGUACAAGUUCUGUGUAAGCUGUGCCCAUCUGGCUGAAAUGAGGCAAAAAGAAAUUCCAAGGGUCCUGGAACAGCUUGAAGACCUGGACAACCGGGUUCUAUACAGCUCAGCCACCAACAACGGCAUCCAGUAUCAAGUGGGCGAUGGCAUGUACCUCCUCCCCGAGGCCUUCACGUUCAACAUCAAGCUGUCCAGUCCCGUGAAACGCCCACGGAAGGAGCCUGUGGAUGAAGAUCUAUAUCCAGAACACUACUGGAAAUACUCUGAUUACGUCAAAGGCAGUAACCUGGAUGCCCCUGAGCCAUAUCGAAUUGGCUGAAUAAAAGAAAUCUUCUGUACCAAGAAGAGUAAUGGGAGGCCUAAUGAAACCAACAUCAAGAUCAGAAUCAAUCAAUAA